AACGCGCCGCCUAAGAAAUCCGGUUAAAGCUUGAACGUGCUUUAUUAUAUAUGGGUAAUAUAUAUAUAUAUAUACAUAUACACACACACCACGAUGACACAUAUAAGGCAUCUGACAUAUAAGGCGAAAUUUUAAAUAUUUUUGACCUCGUGCAGUUACGAGGCUGUGCACACAUAAAAAUGAUCUGUAUUUUGUUGCGAUUGUACAGGAUGCUUGCUGUAAGAUAGCCCAUACUAUUUGCUAACUAUCGUUAAAACCACAGACGUAGUCGGUAACUCUAACUCAGUACGAUAUUUAUCAAUUAUAAUUGUACAUGUUUAUCCGGCAUUCAGAUCACCUUGUAGCGACAUAUUUUAUGGAUAAAUUGUACAAUUGAUCUAUUGAAUUCGUAUAGCAAUUUUCAUGUGACAACUCUGCUAGCACGCCGUCCAACGGAUAUAAUUACUGCCAACUGCAAAUUAUAUAAAUAUAAUGACAUCUCAGCCGUUUUGGAAAGAUCUCUCAAAUACGUUUGUUAAAAACUUAACCGUAAAUGCUCUUCAGAAGUAAAAUGUCGUCAUAAUUUUGGUACAAUCUAAAUCGUUUGUCAGCUUCAAUCUAUAUGAAGAUACGAUUGGAUCUUUUUCUCUAGGCGAUCUUAACUGUGAACGAUGAGAGUGUUAGAGAAAUAAAUACGAUACCAAUUUAUGAAGCAAUACAUAUUUACAACUCAAUAUGUAAGAAUACAAUGAAUGACUGUGAAGCCUUGGUUUUUGCCGGAAAAAGUUAGACCAGUCUGCUUUAUUUUAUGGGUGGACGGCGAUGUCGGCGAAGUUGCUCGCACAACUGAGUUAUUGCAAGUUGCCCUCGGUGCUGCUGUUCGACGGGAAGAGGCUCAAGCGAUGAGCUGUAGAGCACUAGCAGCUCACUGAACGAGCUGAAUAUCAAGCUCAGGUUGCGUGUUCGGAGCAAACGUCCGAAGAACCGGUAAAUCGUCUUUCUUUUUCGGACCACAGCGCCUGGAAUCGGUCCCCGCGUAGUGAGUAAUUGCGAGUGGUCCAGACUUAUAUGCCGUGUAAGCGUGACACCCGCUUCCAGAAUCGCACCCAAUAAAGAGGCAGUACAGGUCUUCUGUUCUGGGAUGAAGCAUAUCAAUGCAAGAUGUUCAGUGCAUAGGAGUGCUGGCAAAUGAACAAGCCUUGGAUGUGUUACGUCUGAAGCCAGAGAGCCGUGCUGCACACUCGCAAAUUUGUAUCCCUGCGGCUAAUCAUAUCAUCGCCAGUGCAUCGAUCACGGUCGAUCAAUGAACUAGUCGAAUCCGCGUAUACCCACCCCACUGGAACAGCCGUUUUCUCUACGGACAUUACCACGACAACAAGGUGUAUUUUGGACCGUUAGUAAGUAUGGGUACUUGGGCCUGUGUCCGUGGAUUCGUACAAUGCACCUUCAAUCGCGUGGAAGGCUGCUUAUUAAACCACCGGUUUGUUCUGGGUACGAAAGUUCGCCGAUAUAUACAAUUCGUGUUGAUAAAUUCGCGGACUCUAAUAGUGAUGGAAUCGGAGAUCUGGCAGGUAUUAUCAGCAAGCUGAAGUACAUUCAAGAUGACAUUUUCAUCAAAGCCAUCGCACUUGAAGGACUCCUAGAUCGAAACAAUCCUACUGAGAUAAAACAAAACCUCGGCACUCUCGAUGACUUCAUCAAACUCGCAUCGUAUAUAAAGGUGAUCAUCAAGGUAUCACUGGCUGAAGUUGUAAGUGGGUCGGGCAAGCCUCGAGAUCUUAAUACAGCUGUAAGUUACUGGCUCAAAGCAGGAGUUGCCGGAUUUAUUCUCCACGAGUUCAACCCCGAUCUUGCCGCCCAUCAGGAUGGAUUUUUACAGUGGCAUAGCGUUAUCGCCAAUCACUCAUACGCAAAGAAACAACGAGAGAACGCCGUUGUACUGUUAGCUCUUUCCACGCAAAAUUUCGCAGACCUGUCUGACACGUACUGCAGAAAUGCCCACAUGGUACUCAACUAUGAAAUGAUAAGGCUGACAGCAACGUUCGACAGCUCCGAGCUCAAACCAUUACUUCACGAGUUGACUGAAAAAAAUUACACUUCCUGUCGAAAUAACUUCGUAUUAGGCACUGGUGAAGUUAUACCGCUGGUCGAACGCUUCAAACCGCGAUCCCGUGCAGAAGCCAUGCUAAUUUUCAACAUGCUGGCUGAUGCUACCCCAAUCGUUUACUAUGGCGAUGAGUUUGGCAAAAAAGAUACCUGUGGAAAGCCAAAGUCAAGGGAACUCAAGCAGAUGCUUGAACCAAACACCGGCAAAAUGGACUGGGACUAUCUUCAACCAAUUCAACAAACCCUAUUUAAGCUUUUCCAACAGUUGGCAAAGCUUCGUUUCCAACAAACUUCGAUUCGAAGAGGGGCUACGGUUGUUCGUAACUUUGAUUCAUCUGUUCUCGCAAUGGCGCGCAUUGGACAAGGCAACCCCGGGUUCCUCAUAGUGUCCAACUUCCGCGCGCAAGCAACAUCUGUUAAUCUCCUCACUAGCAUAUCUGCGCAGAUUCCACUUCAAGGCUCAGUAGUACUAACAUCAACCAACUCGAAGCGAAGUAAAGGCUCGUGGCUGAACUUCGAUGACCUUCAGUUGGAGGGUGAAGAAACUCUUGUGCUCCAGUUUGUACCUAAAUAAAUGGACAAUAUGGAUGACCACUUAGUAUCUGUCUUAAUAAUAUUUUUUGCCGUGAAAGCUCAUAUUGUUAAACAGUCAAUGUCCGUGUCAUCGAAGUUUAUCAACAGGAGAGAUGCAAACACAAAACAAAAAUCACUAAAAAUGCAUUAAGACGAACAGUUGAAAAAACAGUACUAGAUAUUUCAAAAUAUAGAAGCAUACUUUUAUAAGAAAGCAGUCGUAAACAAUGCACGUAGUAAUAAACUGUCCGCGAUUGUAGCUUGUAAAUAAGAUUUGUUUGUGCGUGUGCUUAGCAUUCGUUGUUGAAAGGACAGAAGAUGGUAAAACGUUACUUUUUUGUAGCUUUGUAGGUUGUGAAUGUAUUUAUUUGCAGUGUAGAGAUCUGUCAAACGCGGAGGUCUAUCUAUCCUGUGUGUCUAUACACUUGAGAAAAGUGUCCAUGUAGAUAGCCACAGGGUUCUCAAUUAAACUAUCCAAGCAUUAAAUAAGCUUUAGAAGGUGAUGGCUUUUCUGCUUACUUUCAUUGAACUUGAUAUACAAAUCUGAGCUGCUAAGGAAUUACUUGGCAGGUUGCGAUGAUACUUAAAACUUCACGCAAAAGAUAUGAAAACAUAGAUGUUCCAAGUGGACUAGAGUCCUGGAAAACAAGGCCAUUUUCUUUAAAUAAGCGAUAGGUGGAUUUAAUCAGAGAGAGAGACGACUAAGAAAAUGCAGAGGAAAUCACAAAGAGUCACCGACUAUAUAAUAGCGUAAUAACAUUCGCUUUUACACGAAUUGUUAUUUUAAAACACCAAUAGCUCCAGUUAGUCAUAAUGUUGUCAAAUUUAAUUGUUAAAAAACAUAGUUAGUUCCUAUAUAUUAUUAAACAGAGGCGCGCACAAAAAGGUCCGCUUACGGCAUAUUCCCUACUCAACUAUAUCUGAUCUACAGGGCUGGCUGGAAGAUCACAGUUCCAGAUAAUGAUUUUUAACUUUAGCUUUAGAUUAGCGCAAUUGGUGUAAUUUCUAUGUGCUAAUAAAUGUUUAUUCUUCGAUGUUA